AUGUCCGCGGGUGGGGUGGGGGAUAGGGCCCGACAAACACCAGGGGGGCAGUGGGGCCCAGAUCGGACAAAGAAAGGAUCGGAGAGAAGAGGGUGGCGGAUCUGGCCCUACCGAGAGGAGAGACGCGAGGCGGGAGCGACCGUGGGAGGAGGAGGAGGCGGCGGUGGCGGAGGACUCCGGCGAUCCGCCGCCGAAGCGGCGGAGCUCGCGUCGGUGAUGCGGAGCCUGGAGGCGGAGAUCGACCUCCCGGCUCCUCCGCGGGACGAUCCCGAUCUAGGGUUCCUCUUCGCGGCCUCCGACGACGAGCUCGGCCUCCCCCCGCCUCGUUCUCCUCCUCCGCCGCCGCCGCCGCUCGACGGCGGCGACUCUGCGACGGAGGGGGGCGGUGGGGGAUUCGGCGAGAUAUGGGGGUUUGAGGAGGAGACGUACCUGGCGCCGGCGCCGGCGCCGGAGAAGGUGGUGGGGGGCGGCGAGGGUUUCGAGGGUUUCGGUGGCGGCGACGACGACGACGAUGAAGAGAUGGUGGUGGGGUUGUUCGAGUGGUCGGAUGUGAUGAUGAGCUGUGGGCCGUCCGAUCUCGCCGACGUGUCGUGGCGAUCGGAGUCGCUCCCGGCCGUCUGAUCAAUAUCGGACGGUUGAAGGAUAGUGACGUUGCCUUUUCUUUGAACCUGAUCAACUUCGAAAAAUA